AUGACCCUGGCUCGGAAGCUGGAGACGGCCUAUCAGUUCGAAACGUACACGCAUUCCGACUGCAAGACCAUCAGCGAUGUCAUCAUCCAUCUCCGCUACACGGCAAAGGACGGCGGAGACACGCUUCGCUCGGCGGUGGAGGAGAGCCUGGACACGUCCAUCAAGGACGCGGCCAAGAACACGCAGACGGCGUUGUUUGAUUUGAAAAACGAUGCGCCCGACUCGUGGCACAUGCUGCUGUCUUCGCAGUCUGAGCGAGCCGUUGCCCAGAUGCGUGGGCUCAAGAGUCGCCUGCCGUACCUGGCGAGAUCCCAGGGCAUCAAGGUGACCUCGGUCAAGAUGUACGCUGGCGGUCAAGACCUCAAAGAAGCCUCCAUCUCUCUUUCCAGCACCAAAGAGCAAGCUUUUGGUCCUAGUGCGGUGACGUUGAAGUACGCAGAUGACUUGGGCAGGUUGGAGGUCUUUACCGACUCGGCGAAUGGCAGUGGGAACUUGGACUUUGUGCUUACGGACCAAUGGUAUAUUGCUGUGGAAGGGCAGGUUCAAGGUGAUGGCCAGAAGCUGGCCCCAGAGUAG